UGUGAUAAUCCCUCAUUUCGAUCCUGAACAUUUGAAGCGGACCUCGGACAACCACUCAUCUAGUUUUGGUUUUACAAUCUCUGUCGCUUUGGCACGGAAGAGGCAGGUGCACUUAGCGUGAAGCUAAAACCAGACGGAUGACAUUACACGCGUGGCUGGCGAUAUCAUCCAGCAGCGAGUCAAAGAAGGCAGCGGCGGCGGCCCAGCCUCGGCUCCAUUUCGAGAGAAACACCGGGCGAGGCUGCAGCAUGAAGGCCAAGCUGGAUAUCGUGGCCAUGGUCUUGGGCUUCCUGGGCCUGUUCGGCGUGGUGGCGGCCACGGCCAUGCCCAUGUGGCGCGUGUCGGCCUUCAUCGGCGCCAACCUGAUCGUGAUGGAGGUGUUGUGGGAGGGCCUGUGGAUGAAUUGCUACAACCAGGCCGACAUCAAGAUGCAAUGCAAGGUGUACGACUCGCUGCUCAUCCUGCCUGUGGAGCUGCAGGCGGCGCGGGGGCUGAUGGCGGUCUCCAUCGUGGUGGUGGUGAUAGCCUUGGUCGUGGCCGGUUUCUCCAUGCAGAAGAGCAUCUGCUGCCAGGACAACGCCCGGGCCAAGAACAUCACCACGGCCUUCGCCGGCUGCUUGUUUUUGCUGGCCUGCCUGCUGACGCUGAUCCCCGUGUGCUGGGUGGCGCACACGGUCAUCCGCAACUUCUACGACCCGGUGGUGGUGGAUUCGCGCAAGCGGGAGCUGGGGGCAUCGCUCUUCCUGGGCUGGGGCACCUGCGCCAUCCUGUUGGCCACCGGCUGCCUCCUGCUGCUCAACUAUGCCAAGCGGCGCUCCAAGGAGUACGCCGCCACCGCCGCCCCCUACGCGGCGGGCUCCUACCUGCUGAGCGCCAGAGGCGGCGGCAGCGUGCGCAGCAGCGUGCGCAGCAGCCGGGCGCCGUCCAGCUUCCACAAGCAUCACGAGUACGUGUGAUGCCAUGCCGGGCUCACGGCAGUGUAUGCAAGGCCUUUUGCGGUGCCAACUCGAGAUACGAGUUGAGAUGCGAGUGGUCGCUCAGCAGAUUUUUUUUGCUUUGACUUGUGGGCAAAAAGGGGAAAGAAAACUUCAAAGGAUAAAAAAAAAAAAACCACUUUUAAAAUAUGCUUCAAGUUGUUCAUUGAGAGUCCCAAUUGAAGUUGAGGGUCAAACUAAUGCUGUAAUGCUCUGAACACAAAUGGUGGAGCAACACAUGUAAACAGAUCAUCAAAUGACAUCAUCACCUUCCAAAAUAAUGGCACGUCAUUUUGAAAGGACAAAAAAACGAAAGCAAAUAUUGAUUGUAUUAUAUUUUAAAUAAUUUAAAAUAAUUUUAGAGGUGGCCAGUAUCAUGAAAUGGUUAAGGCAAAAGAAAUGUACAUAUUUCAUUUGAUUUUUGUCAGUGUGACUUGUGUAUUAUUUUAAAAAGGUAAAAAAGCCAAUGUGUUCAAAUGUCCCGAUUAUGUUUGCACUAAUGUGAAUGUGUUGUAAAGUCAAAAAUUAAACGGCUUUUCUGAUUCA